GUUAUUAUCUAAACACGAAAGAACCCGACUUGUUUCUCCGACCAUUCGAUAAGAUAAUUUCGAAGAGAACAAAAACAAAACAAAAAAUAAAAAACGUUUCUCCUUGAGUGGUUUUUCUUGUUGAAUGUCUUCUGAACAAGAAAAUGGAUCGAAUCCUUCGACGUCGCCGGAGGUAGAAGGGACUGAAACAAUCCCUUUUGGCCGGAGAUUGCAAAGAGGGCAAAGGGUUUUCGCUCCCAAGCUUUUGGAGGCUCUCCGUCGAUCACGGAGAAGUUCGGAAGCUCCGGCGAUCCAUCAUAGUCGGAGAUGGAGAGCCACGGCGGCGCAGAAAGUUUAUUCCUUAAAGCUCUACGACGCUCUCCGGCGAUCACGGCGGAGCACAACAGUCCGGGACACGGCCGACAAAGUGCUCGCGGCCACUGCACAUGGUACGACUCGGUGGAGCCGAGCCAUUUUGGUGAGUCGACUCGGAACGAGUCUGAGCCGUCAUAGGAAUGCAAAGCCGGCGUCGGCGGUUAGAAGAGGUGGUGGGAGGAGGAGAAAGUUGUCGGCGGUGGGAAACCGGGUCCGGGUUUUGGGUGGGUUGGUGCCGGGUUGCCGGAGAACGGCGUUACCGGAGCUUUUGGACGAGACGGCGGAUUACAUAGCGGCGUUGGAAAUGCAAGUCCGAGCCAUGACGGCUCUAUCAAAGAUUCUGGCUGAGUUUCAGCCGUCCGAUAAACUCGGAUCGGCUUUAUAGCCGAGUGUAUAAGCCGAUGGUGGUGUAAUAUUUGUUUUGAUUAAAUUCUUUUACGAUUUUAUUAUCCGAAAUUGUCUUAUUUGUGUUUAAUGAAUUGUUUGCCAUUGAAAAAAUAUGUCAAAAUUUAUCA